GAAAAGGCAUCGACAUGAGGACGUCCAGAGUAUCGAGAGAGGCAGCAAGGCUGGCAGAGACUCUCUCUUCACGGAGACAGAGAGCAGAAGAUGCAAUCAAGGAGGAAGAAGCAAGUUCUGGCCUGUCUUCGGCGCAUACAACAGACAUCGAAGACCUUUUGACGGAGACGAAGAAACGAAAGAAACCGACGAGAACACCCAGAGCAGCAGUCAAGAAGAUCAAGAGUGAAGAGGAGAUCAAGGUUAAACGGGAGGAUGAAGAGGAAGAGAAGAGAACUGGGCCACCGAACUGGGAGGCCAUCUACGAGACCGUCAAGCGGAUGAGAGAAAGCAACCCAACCGCCCCCGUCGACACGAUGGGCUGCUCAGAGCUCUACUGGCGCUCUUCCUCGCCUCGAGACAGACGGUUUCAGACGCUGAUAGCUCUCAUGCUCUCCUCCCAGACCAAGGACACCGUCACCGCCGCCGCCAUGCAGAAGCUGCACACCCAGCUCGCAGACGAGACCGCAGACGACAAGGACAAACCGGUAUCUGAAGUCUGGGACCACGACCACCAGGCUGCUCCCAGCACGCUGACGCUCGAGAACGUCCUGGCCGUCUCUCCUGCCCGGCUGAACGAGCUCAUUGGGGCCGUGGGCUUCCAUAACAACAAGACCAAGUACAUCAAGGCCACCGCGGAGAUACUACGAGACGAGUUCGGUUCAGACAUACCGUCUACCAUACAGGGGUUGACCAGACUGCCUGGUGUGGGGCCCAAGAUGGCCUACCUCUGUAUGAGCUCAGCGUGGAACAGACAUGAAGGCAUUGGAGUGGACGUCCAUGUUCACCGCAUCACAAACCUGUGGGGAUGGAACAAAACGAAGACUCCGGAGGCUACCAGGGCUGCUCUCGAGAGCUGGCUGCCCAGAGACAAGUGGCAUGAGAUCAACAAGCUGCUCGUCGGGCUCGGUCAGACCGUCUGCUUGCCAGUUGGCAGACGGUGUGCUGAGUGCGAUCUCUCCGGCACUGGGCUGUGUAUAGCAGAGGUCAGGCCAAAGGCUCCGAAGAAGAAGAGAAUAAAGACGGACAAGGAGGAAGAUAUUAAUUUCCCUGUCAAGGAGUGUAAGAUUGAUAUCAAAGUCGAGUCGUAG